AUGGCAAAGCGUAGACAAGAAGAAGCACCGAAGGCAGAAGUCACAGGGUCACCAAAUCAUGACAGCAACAGGCCAAGCAAGAAGCAGAAAGCGGGCGAAAAAGAACUAAUCAAAUCCUUGAACGCCCUCCAAGUGGCGGGACUAGAAGGACAACAUUUCGACCCAGCAUGGCUACACUACGUACCACAGCCACGCACUAUCGCACAACCAAUUUUAAGCCCACACCCCGAACAGCGAUCAUAUACCAUCACCCUUAUAUCCGCCUCUCAAUUGCUCACCUCCGAAGUAACAGCCUGCUUCGACGUCAUAUCGUCCACCAGCAAGACCGACUAUGAGAACAGUACCUUCGGCUGGCAUCCCAAGCGCAAGCUGAAGGAGAUGCGAGAGAACGAAAUGCGAUAUCUCCUCGUCCGAUCGCAAGCACCAUCUUCUGCUGCCUCAACCACAUCACCUCCCACGACCAACCAGGAAACGGCAGCUAGAACUGAACCAAUCGAAGCUUUCGUCUCCUUCAUGGCAACCCACGACUCCGACCCUCCAGUCCCGGUCUUAUACAUCUAUGAGAUCCACCUUCUGCCCCACCUUCGGAAGAUAGGUCUGGGUGCACAUCUCAUGCACAUUGUUGAGAGCGUGGCCGAAAGCAUGGGAGUGCGGAAAGUGAUGCUGACCUGUUUCCUCUCCAAUGAAAAAGCGUUGGCCUUCUACAAGCGAAGGGGUUAUGUCAAAGAUAUAUGCAGUCCCGGACCACGGAAGACAAGAGGUCGGGUCGUAGAGCCGGAUUACGUGAUUAUGAGUCGAGACGUCCCUUCAGCGAAGAAGACAGAAGACGAAGACCAGGCAUGA